GCUGUCAUUUCACAAAUCACCUGAAAAAUUUCGAUUUUGGUUCUAGUCGGUGAAGGAGGCAUGUUUUUGCAAUAAAUUAAAAAAAAAAAACAAAUCGAUCAAAGCCUACAUCUUCAUUGUUAUCUAAUAAAUUAUAAACGAAAAUGAAUUUCGGAAGAUUGUAUCAGCUCAAAAGCUCUUGGCGGGGAAUUUCCAGAACCUUUACCUCAUCGUCUCCAUACCGCACAUCUGCCCUACCAAAGGACAAUGUUAACAUACCAUCUGAUAAGAUCGUGACGAACUUGCCACCACUCACUAAACCGCUGUCCGACUUACCAGAAGUCGAAUAUGCCAAGCCGAGCAAGGACGACAACAUAACUCAGGUGACAACUCUAUCAAAUGGUCUGAGAGUCGCUUCCGAGAAGCGCUUCGGUCAGUUCUGCACCGUGGGAUUGGUGAUAGAUUCAGGGCCACGUUAUGAAGUCGCCUACCCCAGUGGGGUGUCACACUUUCUCGAGAAAUUAGCUUUCAAUUCCACAGUCAACUUCCCCAAUAAAGAUGCCAUCUUGAAGGAACUUGAGAAAAAUGGAGGAAUCUGCGAUUGCCAGAGCUCGCGGGAUACUCUCAUCUAUGCUGCUAGUAUCGAUAGUCGUGCCGUAGAGUCGGUCACUAGGCUUCUAGCCGAUGUGACUCUACGUCCCAAGCUCGAAGAGGAAGAAGUGUCUAUAGCUCGACGAACCAUUCAGUUUGAUUUGGAGACACUUGGCAUGCGUCCCGAACAGGAAACCAUUCUUAUGGACAUGAUACAUGCAGCCGCCUACAGGGAGAACACUCUGGGUCUUCCAAAACUCUGUCCCUCGAAAAACUUGGAACUGAUUGAUAGGAAUGUGAUCUUAAACUACCUCAAGUAUCAUCAUGCUCCUGAGAGAAUGGUCAUCGCAGGAGUUGGGGUGGAUCACGAUGAACUGGUGAGGAACGUUGAAAAGUUCUUUGUGACUCAGCCGGCCAUUUGGGACACAGAGAAGAUCACUGGCUACGGAGCUGACUCCGUUGAUAAAUCCAUUUCACAGUACACUGGUGGAUUAAGAAAAGAAGAAUGUGAUAUUCCCAUCUACGCUGCAGCAGGCCUGCCUGAAUUGUCUCACAUUGUCAUCGGCUUGGAGGGAUGCUCACAUCAGGACAAAGAUUUUGUGCCCAUGUGUGUUCUUAAUAUCCUGAUGGGAGGAGGUGGUUCAUUUUCCGCUGGCGGCCCAGGCAAAGGAAUGUACUCCCGACUCUACACAAACGUCCUCAAUCGUUAUCACUGGAUGUUUAGUGCCACCGCCUACAACCACGCCUACAGUGAUUCCGGAAUAUUUUGUAUACACGCCAGUGCUCCACCAAACAACGUUCGCGAAAUGGUUGAAGUUGUUACCCGCGAGUUGGUGAACAUGCAAUCAGAACCUGGAAAGGAGGAACUGAGUCGAGCGAAAAUUCAACUGCAAUCUAUGUUGCUGAUGAAUCUUGAAUCCAGACCUGUUGUCUUUGAAGAUGUUGGCAGACAAGUUUUGGCCACUGGACACCGGAAACGACCAGAACAUUUUAUAACUGAAAUUGAAAAAGUGACCGCAGAAGAUAUUCAACGUGUUGCUCAGAGACUUUUAGCGACUCCACCAUCGAUGGCGGCACGAGGAGAUAUUUCCAAAUUACCCGAUCUUAAAGACGUUCAGAGUGCGCUGAGUAAUGGCGGCAAGUUUGCCUCCAAUCGGCGGCUUUCUUUGUUUAAGUGAUUUUUGCGUUGAAUUAACGAAGCGGGAAUAAAAAAUUAUUUAGUUAUCUUA